GGCAACGAAGCCGGACGCGAAUCAACAACCGCCCCGGAUCCGGUUUACAGCCCAAAGCGUGCGCGUGCGUUCUGCUUUUUUGUGUGAAGACAAACAACCAGCAUAAGUAGCAGCAGCAUAGAAACCAGCAGUUUUUUUGUAGUGCAAACCAACAUAAUCGUGUGAUACUGUUUGAGAAGAAGGUAAAUAGAGUUUGAGUUAGCGAUUGGUGCAAUCGUCAGUCGAAUUCGUGAUUUGAAAGCAACAGAAACAGAGCCGUGUGCCGGUGCCAGAUAGUUGUCGGUGUUCAGCACCAAAAGCAUAGUGAUAGAGCGGAGUGGCGUUAAACCAAGAGCGAGAGAUACAUAACUUGCCGCACCGUAUCGGUGGCGCAUUUCACCGUGGCAUUGAUCUUACUCAUCGUGGUGGUGUCGUCGUUCGAAGUGCCUCGCGUUGUAAGGUGCCAAAGUGUAACGGAAGCGUGGUAAAAAAAAAACGCGUUGCGAGGUGUGAGAAGAAGCAAGCGAGCGAGCGGAGGAAGCUCGGAAGUGGGUCACGGAAACGAAUUAACAGCGGCCACAAAACAGUGCGGCCAACAAACAGCGAGCUAGAGCGAGCGAGCGAGCAGAGUGUGCCGGUAACAGAAGAAGCCUUUGGUGUAGAAGGAAAGAGCUAGUACAGUAUUGGGAGUGCAGUGCAUUUUGUCUCUGUGUCCUGUUAGUGUGCGUGGUAAAGGAUUAAAAAAGUUGACAAAGUUCUGUGCCGGAACGGACCAGCCAGCCAAUCUGAACGAGAAACCGCGAAAGCGGACAUCAUCAUCCGGUGCAACGCGCCAAAAGACGCGCUCAAACAUUAAUCUCGGCCAGACAGAAAGAAAUGUACUAGUACCGGUGGAACCCGUACCAAGCGACACUAGUAUGAUGGUGGCGGACUUUGUAACACGACAACAGAACGGUUCACCGCUGAACGGUGAGAUACCUGGCCAGAAUCACAACUCCAACUCCAACAUGCCUGCCCACAGUGCCUUGCUGAUGAGCAACAACAGCAACAGUAACAGCAACAGCUCUGGCCGGGCCAGCCCGCACACCUCGUCCGAAUCGGAGUUCCCACAGAACGGGUACGAGCUGGCGGCGCACCUGAAGCGCAAGGAGCUGUUCUCGCAGCGCAAGCAGCGUGAGUUCAUCCCGGACAACAAAAAGGAUGACAGCUACUGGGACAGGCGGCGACGUAACAAUGAGGCGGCGAAGAGAUCGCGCGAGAAGCGUCGCUUUAACGAUAUGGUGCUGGAGCAGCGUGUGGUCGAGCUGACGAAGGAGAACCACGUGCUGAAGGCCCAGCUGGACGCGAUCAAGAGCAAGUACAACAUCUGCGGCGAGAAUCUGGUCAGUGUGGAUCAGAUUAUGGCGACGCUACCGACAAACGAGCAGGUCCUUAGUUCGACCAAGCGCGUCAAGCUAUCGAGUGGUAGCUCCGGUGGUGGUCGAUCGACCAGUCCCGGUGGUCAGUCCAUCUCCAUGUUCCCGCUUUCGCGCAGUCCCUCUCGCCAACCGACGGCUUCGCCAACGCAAUCCUGUCCGCUGAGUCCACCGGCUGCAUCGGCUUCGAUUCCGGUUGGUAGUAGCAGCAGCAGUACACCGCACCUGCAGCAGUCACUGUUGGCCGUCGUAACGGGUGGCGGUCUUCCGUCGCAACCCUCUCCGACGCCCUCCUCCCAGCAGGCACCCGUCAUCCAUGCGAACCCGAACGUUGAAUCUCCUCCACCGAGCAGUCAGCAGCAAGGAGCUGGUUCCAAUCCGCCAUCUUCUACGUCCUCGACGGCAUCAGCGGUGCAUUCUUCGACCGGAGGAGGCGCCAUUCAGCAUACGAACGGUAGUAGCUAUGGUAACGGUGCCCUGCACGCCAUCUACCGGACGGGGGCUGCUUCAAUCAUCGAGUACGAACGGAUUGGGGAAGCUACGGGAAAACAUCACGAACCGGGCUCUCCACCCUCGAUCAACGGACGCAGCCCUUCGCAGAUUCGGUUAGAGCUGAUCGAGCGCAAUCUGGAUGACCUGCACCAUCAGCAGCAACAGCAACAGCAACAUCAUCAUCUGCAUCAUCAUCUGCAGCAACAGCAGCAACAGCAGCAUCAUCCGCAUCACUACAGCCAUCAUCCACGGGAAGUGAUCCGGGAGUCGGUGAUCGAUCAUCGCGGUGAGCAUCAUGUACAUCAUCAUCAUCAGCAGCAACAGCAGCAGCAGCAUCAGCAGUCGCAACAACAUCAGCAGCAACAACAACAACAGCAACCACAUAUCCAUCAGCAUCACUCCAAUCAUCACCACCGCGUCCUGGCAGCCAACGGUGGCCACGAGCUGAUAGUGGAUGAUCGAGACGAACGAUCACCCUCCCCACCGCACGUCGCUCCUGCCUCGUCCUCCGUCGUCGUACCGGCCCGUUUCGGAUCACCCUCGACAACGACGGCGGCCAGCAGCUCAACGACACCACCGGCCACCUCCGCCUCCGCCUCCGCCUCUUCGCUGACCAUCAUCUCCAGCACGAGCCCGUCCGGUGUUGGUGCGCAGGCCGGAGCGUCCUCUCCUCCCGCCCACAUCCCACUGGUUGCUCACUCGCAUCACUUCGCGGCCGCCGCCGCCGCCGCCGCCGCUCACCAUCCCCACCAUCCGCAUCAUCCGCAUGCGCUGCACCAUCUGCCACCCCACCACCACCACCCACACCAUCCGCACCAUCAUGUGCAUCCGUUUGUGGUCGGUGCAACCUCCCCGUACGCCAGUUCCUCACCGUCCUCCUCGGCGGCCUCCUCAUCGUCCUCGUCAGCGGCAGCCGCGGCUGCGGUUGUAGCGGGCCUUCCGGUCACCUACAGUGCAGCGGCAGCCGUAGCAGCUUAUGCCGCUACCAACGCCCUCUACGCCUCACCACCACGCACCGCCGGUGAACUGUCACCAAACGCGGCACUCACGCUGACGGCAAACGUCCUCAAUCUGAGCCGACGUGCUCCGUCCCCGUACGAUAGUGGAUCGGCGGCCAGCGUAAGUGGUGCCAGUCCACCACGCUCCUCGACUGCCAGCGCUGGCAGCGCAUCCUGUGGUGAGGAGGAACCGGAUCGGUGUGAUCGUGAAAUCCACGAGCACGCCAACAGUUUGCCGGUGAAGCUGCGGCACAAGUCACACCUUGGUGAUAAGGAUGCGGCCACUGCACUGUUGGCGCUGCAAAACAUCAAACAGGAACCGGUCGGUUUGCGGUCGGCGUCACCAUCGUGGGAUGAUGGUGGUGAUGGUUCAUCGGACGAGCGCGAUUCCGGCAUCUCGACGAACGAGUGGCCAACGAAGGCGGAACAGAAGAUGAUGGUACCGCUGCCCGGGAGCACCUCGGUGACCAACGGUGAUGGAUCAGCGGUGGCCGGUGCGAGCGGUACGAUCACGGCAGCGAUGAUGGCAGCGGCAGCCGCCGCCGGUAAGAUCACCUCCAUUCCGGCCUCGGUCGUCAUCAGCAAGAAAACCGAGGAGAACAUCCAUCUGCAGUCGAAGCUGGCCCGGCUCGAGUCCGAGGUGGCCACGAUCAAGAACAUGAUGAUCUCCAACACGACCGGCAGUGCCUUCGGUGUGACCGCGGCGGCCCAGUAGCCUAGUGGCAGCUCAACACCACGACCACAACGGCGACAACCGCGAACGCGAACGCGAUCGCGACGACGGCGACGUCGGUGAAGAGGUAAAACCGGGAAGAUUGAUCCAGUUCCUAAAGGAAGAGGAAGAGCGCAAAUGAUGGAGAAACUGGGAAGGGAAACCCGAACAUCCAUUUAUGUGUUAGUGGGUUAGUUGCACGGAUUGGAAUUUCUCGGGUUGGACCGCGGUGGACGCUCGGGGAGUUGGUGAAAGUUACGACAGCUUUUAAGCCCGGGCAGAGCAACCGGGUCCGUAAGAUGCGUGUGUGCGAUCAAGCGACUCGUUUAUUGAGAUCGCUUCGAGAGGAACAAGAGGGAAAAAAGCGGGGAGAUAGACGAAGAGGUAGAUAGAUAGGCAGAGAGAGAAAGAGCCUAGUGAAGAGAAAGCUUGUGUGGUGUUGCCCGGGCACGCACGCAGCAGCGCUUGUGAUUGCGUGCCUCGCACCAUCGCUAGGCCCCAGGGCCCGGUCCGGUGAGUCAAGUGAAUCGGUCUUCUUUUUUUCUUUCAAUUUUUCGAUCUUGCCUUCUGCCUGGUUUCGUGGAGAAGAAGGUAGCGUUGAGCGGGGGUCCAUAGGAGAAGGAAAAAAGUUGGAAAAAAGAGAGAGCGAGGUGGAGCGCACUCCAAGAGAAGCAAAACUGAUCGGAUGGAUCUGUUUUUUUUGGGGGGGGGGAGAAGAUGACACUACUAUUGCUCCCAAGCAAAAAAGGGGGAAUGCAACAUGUACAUAAAACUGUGCAUAAACAUAUUUAUUUGGAGAUAGAUUUGUUUCUUUUUACUAAGCUAAAUUGAAGAGAAACAAAAAGAGAACUGGAAACAGAAAUGAAAUGCUGCUAGGCACCGGUCCGGCCGUGGCCGAUAACCACAUUCCCUUCCCUGAUGGCUCCUCGCUACUUGGGAGUAUUUGGAGCAAAACAGUAUUUUAUGGAUGUGGAAGUGGCUAGUGGCCGGCUGGUGCCCACUGGUGUGUGUUUCUCAAUUUUUUGAUCAUUGUUUGUUUUAAACAUAUUAUACCGAACAUAAGGGACGUACAACAAGGCAGCCUCCGGCAAGAGAGUACGUACAGCAGAACUGUAAAUGUGAAAACCGAACUACAUCAAUCAAUCAAACUACUAUUACUACUAUGUAUAUCUUUUAGUGUAAGCGCAGGCUAGCAAGCAAACUAUAAAAAGAUGAGAAGAAUUUGUAUUCCUUUUACAAAUUGUAGAACAGUGAAGUGAAAGGAGUCGAUGAAUAGAAAAAGAGAAAAUGGAAAUAGCAAACAAAAAAAAAACCUCGAGAUACUCUCAGUCCAUGUAUGAUAAUCCUACUCUUAUCUUAAGAAUGAAACAAACAAAACAAACAAGCAACUGGUUAAACAAGGGAAUCAAAACGGAAAGUAUGGAGUGCAGAUGAGCGUGAGCCUCGGCGAGUAUUGGCAGCCGGUGGAUGAGGAUGGGCUCACGUUGACACGUCAGCACGAAAAACGGAAAAAUACACUUUAUAUCUCUUCAGGGAAGACUGUCUUGUUAGAAGACUCACUAGAUAGUGUUUAAGGCACCACCCCCUCCCCAAAAACCCUCAUAACGUCACCCCUAUAAGUGUGUGCGUGUGUACAUGUGUGUGUUUGUGUGUAUUUGAAGUGCAACACUUCGACACCAUCUUCUCUUAUCGGAAGCGCAAUUGAUGGCUGCCAGCUGCAGCUGCGUUUCGUCUACUAUUCCUCACCGGCGAAAACGGAAUUUGCAGAAAUGUUGAGGCGCAUGAAUCGUCGUAGCAGGCGAAUACUACUUGGAACACAGUUCAGCCAGCAGGGGGUUGAGAAACAGAGAGAAAGAGAACCAAAUUGAAAGGUGAUGGAAGGAAGAAAAAUGGGGAAAAAAUGUAAGAAAGCCCGGAGGAGCAAACUUUUUCGGAAAUGUGAUAUCGUAGGUUUGGAAACAGUUUUACAACCCAAAACGAAAAAAAAAACAAACA